GGGAACCAACCGACGCCCCACCGACCGGUUUAAGGCGGUCAUCGUGAGUUCUGUCAGUGAGCUCAGAUCAGCCAAGAAAACUUGUUGAAGAUAAAAAAUAAGAGCAGUUGUGACCAAUCAGGUGGACUCUAAACGACGUUCAGCUCAGGUGUUCAUGUGUUUCCACUUCGGUGGUUUCGAUCAGCGCGAUUAAUCGGAGGUGAAUUAAACUCACAGUGUGGAGUCGGCAGUCAAACUGCUGGUAUUUGACUUAACUCCUUCACUUUGGUCUUCGCUUCAUCCGACUCGUCCAGCGUGAGCGCGUCGGCUCACCUGAAACCGCACAUUUGGAGUUUGGGAAACUUUUUCCGAAGCUUGGUCGGAGCUGACACGGAAGUGGCCGAGUGUCCUCUGCGCCUCAGACCUGCGCAGUAGCGCACUGGGUGUAGUCUGGAGCGCCGUCUUUUCCUGCUGGAGUUUGUGCAUGGCGGCGGACACAAAGAGCUGAGGCCCGAGCUCAGACCCUCAGAGACACCAGGACAGCCGGGACACAAGCUGUGGACGCGGCCCGAGCGAAGACAAUCCGCCGCAUGUUUCCUCGCGCUGCCUGUGGCCGUUUGCUCAGGAGUCUGUCGGGAACCGCGCGGCUGCCGUAAACUUUGGACAAGUUUCACUGAGAGUUGGUGUCGGAGUCGCGCACGGUUUUCUGGUCGAGAAGGGAGGACGGACAGGACUGAAAAUGCGAGGUUUGAUCCGGGCCCUGGUCGCCUGGAGCUGCGUGGCGAUGUGUGUCCGCGCUGCCAUGGAUGAGUGCGCGGACGAGCGCGACGCACCGCAGCGCUGCAUGCCCGAGUUCGUUAACGCCGCUUUUAACGUGACGGUGGUGGCGACCAACACCUGCGGAUCUCCGCCCGAGGAGUACUGCGUCCAGACCGGAGCCACCGGGGUCACCAAGUCCUGCCACAUCUGCGACGCCCAGGACCCCAGCAACAACCACAGCGCCGUGUUCCUGACCGACUACAACAACCCGCAGGACAUCACCUGGUGGCAGAGCCAGACCAUGCUGGCGGGCAUCCAGUACCCGAACGCCGUCAACCUCACCCUGCACCUCGGUAAGGCCUUCGACAUCACCUACGUGCGGCUCAAGUUCCACACCAGCCGCCCGGAGAGCUUCGCCAUCUACAAGCGGACGAGCGAGGGCGGGCCCUGGGUGCCCUACCAGUACUACAGCGGCUCCUGCGAGAAGACCUACCAGAAGGUGAACCGCGGCUUCAUCCGCACCGGCGAGGACGAGCGGCAGGCGCUCUGCACCGACGACUUCAGCGACAUCUCGCCACUCACGGGCGGGAACGUGGCCUUCUCCACGCUGGAGGGCCGCCCCAGCGCCUACAACUUCGACAACAGCCCCGUCCUGCAGGACUGGGUGACGGCCACCGACAUCAGAGUGACCCUGAACAGGCUCAACACGUUCGGGGACGAGGUUUUCAACGACCCCAAGGUCCUCAAGUCGUACUACUACGCCAUCUCUGACUUCGCCGUGGGAGGAAGGUGUAAGUGUAACGGCCAUGCCAGCGAGUGUGUGAAGAACAGCGGAGGACAGCUGGUGUGCAACUGCAAACACAACACGGAGGGCGACGACUGCAGCGUCUGCAAACCCUUCUACAACGACCGGCCGUGGAGGAGGGCCACCGCCGACAACGCCAACGAGUGUCUGCCCUGUGACUGUAAUGGGAAGAGCUCUGAGUGCUACUUCGAUGCAGAGUUGUACCGGGCCACGGGUCACGGCGGCCACUGCUCAAACUGCGCCGACAACACCGACGGCCCCAACUGCGAGCGCUGCCUCGACAACUACUACAGAGACCAGAGCGGCAGCCGCUGCCUGCCCUGCGGCUGCAACACCGUCGGCUCCGAGUCUCCUCAGUGCGACAACAGAGGUGUGUGUGCGUGUAAACCAGGGGUGACCGGAGAGAAGUGUGACCGCUGCCAGCCGGGUUACCACAGUCUGACGGAGGCCGGCUGCAGGCCUUGUUCGUGCUCGCCCUCUGGCAGCACACAGGAGUGUGACGUCAACACGGGACAGUGUCGCUGUAAAGACAACGUGGAGGGCUUUAGCUGCGACAGGUGUAAAUUAGGUUACUUCAACCUGGACCCCAACAACCCUCAGGGCUGCACCCCCUGCUUCUGCUUCCAGCACUCGUCUGUGUGCGACAGCGCCGACGGCUUCAGCGUCCACGUCAUCACCUCGUCCUUCUACAGAGAUGAUGAGCAGUGGACAGGACAGCAGCGUGACGGCUCCAGUGUCCCAGUCCAGUGGUCUCCCAGUGGACAGGAAAUCUCCCUCAUAGCAGACGACUACUUCCCCAUGUACUUCGUAGCCCCAGAUAAGUUUUUGGGGAACCAGAUGCUGAGUUUCGGACAGGACCUGAGCCUGAGUUUCCGGGUCGACCGGCGGGACACCCGACUGUCGGCGGAGGAUCUGGUCCUGGAGGGAGCUAACCUGAGGGUGGCCGUCCCCCUCAUCGCCCAGGGCAACGCGUACCCCAACGAGAACAUGCAGACCUACGUGUUCAGGCUCCACGACAGCACUGACUACCCCUGGAGGCCGACCAUCAGCUACUCCGACUUCCAGAAACUUCUCCACAACCUGACGGCCAUCAAGAUCCGAGGCACCUACAGCGAGAGGAGUGCCGGUUACCUUGACGAUGUCUCCUUGGUGACGGCCAGGCGGGGUCCAGGAGUUCCGGCUCGCUGGGUGGAGCAGUGCACCUGUCCUCAGGGUUACCAGGGUCAGCACUGUGAGCAGUGCACUCUGGGAUAUCGCCGCGCCCGUCCGGAGCUCGGAGCCUUCAGCCCCUGUGAGCCCUGCAACUGUAACGGACACAGCGACGCCUGCAACCCCGACACAGGAGCCUGCGACUGUCAGGACAACACGGCCGGAUUGAGCUGUGAGCGCUGUAAAGACGGUUUCUAUGGCGACGCCACCCGGGGGACAUCAGGUGACUGUCAGCCCUGCCCCUGUCCGGCCGGAGCUACCUGCGCUGUCGUCCUCAAAACCGGAGAGGUGGUCUGCACCAACUGUCCCACAGGAACCACAGGUAAGCGCUGCGAGCUCUGUGACGACGGUUUCUUUGGCGACCCUCUGGGUCAGAGCGGGCCGGUCCGAGCCUGCCGCGCCUGCAAGUGCAGCGACAACAUCGACCCCAAUGCCGUGGGCAACUGCAACCGCGAGACCGGAGAGUGCCUCAAGUGCAUCUACAACACCAACGGAUUCUUCUGUGACCGCUGCAAGGACGGCUUCUACGGCAACGCCCUGGCCGCCAACCCCGCCGAUAAGUGCAAGCCUUGCUCCUGCUCUCCACUCGGGACUGUUGGUCGACAGACCAGCUGUUCUCAGGUCACCGGUCAGUGUCAGUGUCUGCCCAACGUGGCCGAGCGCGACUGCAGUGCCUGUCAGCCCGGCUUCUUCAACCUGCAGAGCGGCAACGGCUGCGAACGAUGUGACUGCAAUCCGAUUGGCUCCACCAAUGGUCAGUGUGACAUCGCCACCGGCCAGUGCGAGUGUCAACCCGGCGUCACCGGCCUGCACUGCGAACGGUGCGAGGCCAACUUCUUUGGCUUCAGCUCGUCGGGAUGCAAACCCUGCGACUGCGACCCCGAAGGCUCUCAGUCGGGUCAGUGUAAAGAGGACGGUCGCUGCGAAUGUCGCCCCGGCUUCGUCGGCGCUCGAUGUGACAUGUGUGAGGAGAACUACUUCUACAACCGCUCGGCGCCGGGCUGCCAGCAGUGUCCCUCCUGCUACAGCCUGGUCAGAGACAAGGUGAACCAGCAGAGGCAGAAACUUCAUGACUUGCAGACUCUGAUCGAUAACCUCGGCUCGGGUCAGGACACAGUCAGCGAUAAGGCCUUCGAGGAUCGGCUGAAGGAGGCAGAGAGAGCCAUCAUGGAGCUGUUGGAGGAGGCUCAGACCAGCAAAGAUGUCGACCGAGGUCUGCUGGACCGUCUGAACAACAUCAACAACACUCUGACCACCCAGUGGAACCGACUGCAGAACAUCCGCAACACGGUGGACGACACCGGCACGCAGGCCGACCGCGCCCGCAACCGAGUCCGAGACGCAGAGAGCCUGAUUGACCGAGCCCGGCAAGAGCUGGACAAGGCCAAGGACGCCGUAAGCAAAGUGGACAUCAAACACCCCACCGGCACCGGAGAUCCAAACAACAUGACACUGCUGGCUGAGGAGGCUCGAACUCUGGCCGACAAGCACAAGAUGGACGCCGACCAGAUCGAGAAGAUUGCCAAAGACGCCAACGACACAUCGACCAAAGCGUACAACCUGCUGCUGAAGACUCUGGACGGAGAGGGCAAGACGAGUCAGGAGAUUGACGAGCUCAACAAGAGGUACAAUGAGGCCAAGGAGCUGGCGAAGAACCUGGAGAAACAAGCAAACAAGGUCCAGGCCGAGGCUGAGGAAGCCGGAGACAAAGCUCUGAAGAUCUUCGCCAACCUGACCAACCUCCCGCCGUUUGACACCGAGGCGUUGGAGGAUGAAGCCAGUAAGAUCAAGAAGGAGGCGUCGGACCUCGACAAGCUGAUCGAUAAGACGGAGAAGGACUACAAUGACCUCAGAGACGACCUGAAGGGCAAAGAGCAGGAAGUCCGCAAACUGCUGGAGAAAGGCAAAAGUGAGCAGCAGACUGCAGAUCAGCUUUUGGCUCGAGCUGACGCCGCCAAAGCUCUGGCUGAGGAGGCUGCGAAGAAGGGUCAGUCAACAUUCAGAGAGGCCGAGAGCAUCCUGGACGACCUGAGAGACUUUGACAAGAGGGUCAAUGACAACAAGACUGCUGCUGAGGAUGCCUUGAAGAAGAUCCCGGCCAUCAACGCCACCAUCAUUGCCGCCAACGAGAAGACCAGACAGGCAGAGGGUGCGCUCGGUAAUGCAGCCGCCGACGCCCGGGAGGCCAAGAACAAGGCGGAGGAGGCCGAGAGGAUCGCCAGCAACGUGCAGAAGGGCUCAGCCAAGACCAAGCAGGACGCAGAGAAGGCCUUCCAGGACACCACCAAGCUGGACAACGAGGUCAGCGACAUGAUGGACCAGCUGAGUGCUGCUGAGCAGGAGCUGGCCAGGAAGAAGGCUGAGGCUGACCUGGACAUGAUGAUGGCUGGGAUGGCAUCAGACAACGCUAAGGAGGCAGAGGACAACGCCCGCAAGGCCAAGAGCGCCGUGAAGACGGUUCUGAGCACCAUCACCGCCCUGCUGGAUCAGCUGGGAAACAUCGACAAGGUGGACCUGAGCAAACUGAACCAGAUCGACGAGUCCUUGAAGAGCGCCAAGAGCAAGAUGGCCAACAGCGAGCUGGACAGGAAGCUGAUGGAGCUGAACGACGUGGCGCGGACCCAGGAGGACAUGAUCAACGACUACGACCGGCAGAUCCGCGAGAUCCGCGCCGACAUCGCCAACCUCAGAGACAUCAAGAGCAUGUUGCCUGACGGCUGCUUCAACACGGCGUCUCUGGAGAGGCCUUAACCUCCUCCUCCUCCUCCCCCAUGCCCCCCCCCCCCCCCCCACACACACACACACACACUCCCCCCCCACAUCUAACACUCGGGCAGACAUGCCAACUUUUUACCAAAACAGUUUUUUAAACUUUUUUUUGUUUCUUGUCUUUCACGAGAGAGAAGCCAACAUUUCAAGCCACUUCCACGGUUUUUAACAAAAGAGAAGCAGCUUUUGUUUUUCUUCCUGUCUUUAGUUUUUUUUGGUUUUUUUAGAUGUGGCGACGUGGUCACGGUAGAAUGAACUUGGCGGCGUAGAGAAGCCGUGCAGAGAGGUGGAAGAGCCUCAGAGAAAAACCCAGAACCACAAACCCGACGUGACUGCACCUGUUUGCUCCGCAAGAAGACGCAGAAACCACACAGGAAGUUCCUGACACUUUUUGUGUCUCGCCAGCCAUUACCCAUCAUGCCUGGGGGACACAUCAGCUACUUCAGUUUUACAGUUUCAGCUCGCUGAACACACGGCUGCACACGGUUAGAGCGUCGCCAUCCUGGUGGUCUUUUCUUUUUGUUUUUAUUUUCAGAAUCCACACAGUGAAGGAAUCCUCUCUCUUUUUUCCUCUUCGUUCCUCCCAAAGCUGCAUGGCUGACACACAGCAGAGGACAAGUAUUUUACCUCUCUUUUCUUCAACAGUAUUUACACCUGCAGCAGGUCGUGUUGUUGAGCCAAGCCCGCUCAGCUGGCGCAUAUCAAGUCCAGAAAGAACAGUUUAUAAAGUCUUGUUCCCACGCCGGGUGGAGCCCGGGUCGGCGUCGGCAGACGCGGUCUUGUUCCCGUGACGUCCAUGUCGGUGCACACAAGAUGAAAACAUGUUUGAGGACUUCAGGGGCUCAGUGGAUGGUCUCGUACAUUUCUCACUACAGUCAAACACUAUUUCAUGUACUGACGCUCUAACACUGCAAGCGUUUUUCUGUUCUCGUCGUUCUCUCAGAAGUUGCUGCUUGUCGCCGGUGUUUUUUACCGAUCACACGUUAACACUUUCUUCCAGGCUAAAUCCAACAACACUAUGCAACUUUGUACAUUUUGCGUAGCAAGAAUUUUAUCUGAUACACUGGUGCUAAUAAUUAUUUCAAAUGUUAUAUUUUUGUGUGAAUGUUUUUUAUUAUGACAUAGAGUGAGGAAUUUGUUUUUUGUGUAAAUAAUAUGCGUAAAUGAUUCAGGACUGGCUGAUUUUAAGAAACGCCAACAUGCAAACAGCCACGUUAAGUUCUGUCACAAUCAAUCAACUGAAACCUCCAGGUUAAAUAUAUAGAAAUAUCUAUGAUAACGUCUGUGGUAUGUCAUUAUUAUAAUAUGCUUGCUUGUAUACAAGGCUCAGUGUUGCUGCCUCAUAGCGAUGCCAAUAUUUUCAUUUGUGUUCUGUAGGUUAUCACACCUUAAUUCAACCUAACUGAAUACAUUUUUUAUUUUUACCAAUCAGGUCAUGUUUUAAAGGUGGGACGUCUCCUUCCUCACAAGUCAUCUUACUGAACUUGUCCAGUCGACUGUCCACUCGCUCAGUCACGUGUUGCUACAAUAGUUAACUGUAUAAAUUAGUGUUUUGUGCCUUAAUAUAAAGUUCAGCUAUAACCACAGUCCCAGCGAGGACGUCCAUGAUUUAUUUCACACAAAGUUCCUCGUCGUCCUCACUCCCUCACGUCGGUACUGAAGCAGAGUCUUUCUGAAGUUCGGGUCCUGAGCAGAGUAGAAACAGAUUCUCAUCCAGCUAAACGGAGCCAGACGCUACUGGAGAUUUUUUUAAGUUUCAAAAACUUCUCAGCUGACAGCUUCUGAAGAUGAACAUUAGCUCUGCAGAUGAAAUAUUAAGUGUUUGUUUCUGUGAAAGAGAGCCUUAAUGUUCACUGUUUGUCCCUCCAUCUGGAUGGCAGCUCUGCAGGAUGCGCAGCACAGUCGCACGUGAUGUAUAAACAGUAUUUUAAGUUAUAAUGAACCAGUUAUUUGUAUCGUCAGCCUGUUGUCUUCAGUGGUGUUGCGUGUGCUGCACAUCCUGCAGGACUCGUCUGUUCUGCAUUUUCAUUCUGUCAUGAUGACGUGUUUCCAGCCCUGUAAGGACCUGAAUGACCCUGUUUGUUCCCCUGUGCCUGUAAAUCCAAACUUAACAUUUGAAUAAUAAAAGAAUACUACAGGAA